AUGUUCUUCUGGAUAAUCUUUAUUCAUCUUUCAUUUGCAAAUACAUGUAACCAGGCUAUACCUUUAGAAUUCUAUAAUGAUGAUAAUAGAUUUAGUUUUAUCCAACAACCACUCACACAAGAAUUAAUAAUGUCAUAUCCUGGAUGUGGAGACCGUGAGAACAGAGUAACAACAUGGUACAGAAUAGAAAAUAAAAGAAAUACACCACUUCAGAUACAGGUAACUGGUACUUCAAACAUAGUAACUAAUCAUGCCAAAUAUGUUUAUGUUAUGCAUAAAAUGCACUUAAGAGUAUCAAGUGAAUGUCCAACGUCAAUAUCUUCAAUGGGAUGUGUUGCACAACUAACUACUUCAUUGAGAACUUCAAAUAUAACAUUUAAUGUACCACCAAAUGGUCAUGUUUUUCUUGCCACAUACGAAUUUCUUAAUAACAUAGAAGUACAAAGUCAUUUAUUUUUACAAAUUAAGCCAUUAAUAAACAAUGCCUCUAGUUGCCAGAAGGCUGAUGAAGUUAUUUUCCCGUUAACACAAAAUGUAGUUGUUAAAACUACUGACUUAAUUAAUAAUGUUCAAAAGAAAGGUCAGUGGCAUCGAAUAGCUUCUGUACAACCAGGAGAGCGAUAUAUAAUUGACACUUGUAGUAAACGUACUACGAAACCAACUACGUUUCAUCUUUUUUCAUCUUGUAAUAGGGAUAGAAUAGAAGAAGGGUAUUUAAGGUCUUGUAGAGAUGGAGUAGGUUCUAUUGUUAUUUUAAAUCCAUCAAAAACAUAUUCUCCUGUAUUUUUAUUUGUUGAAACAGAUGGAGACCAUUAUGAUAUUCACUUCCAAAAGACAACAAAGAAAUCUGCAAAAGAAGCUUGUAGUGGAGCUGUUCACAUUCCAUAUAUUCCAUAUACUAUAUUCUCGAUUCCAUUUGCUCAAUACCCCUUAUUUAUUAACCCAUGUUUAUCUGUUAGAGAUGAAUUAAGUACAGCAUUUUUUGGAGUUACUGUACAUCCAAAUCAUGAAAUAACGAUGAUGACAUGUGGAUCUCAAAUAGACACUUAUUUGACUGUAGUUGAUUCUUGUGAUGGAAAGUGUCUUGAAAUAAAACAAAGAAGUUGUCCAGGAGGAAAAAUAUAUACUUAUACUCCUUCAAUUAAAGAAGGACAUUCAAUCAUUGUACAAUUAUCAGAAUAUAAGAAAGAAACUUUUGGUAGGGCCAGAUUAGUCUUUAAAGAAAAAGAAAUAGGAAAGAAAAGAGAUGAUGAAAUUCAUAUUGGAGCACCAAUCCGUCCACGUCUAAACAAACCAAAGAAUAUUCAAAAUAAAAUAAAUGAUCAAGAAAAUAUCAUUUCUCAUCAAAUCAACCAAUCAAACCAAAAUCAUUUUCUUUCUAUUGUCAUUGUAAUUUUCAUUGGAUGUGCGUUUUUAUUGGGAGUAGCAUAUUUUUUAACUCGAGACCGUCACCAGGCACAAUACAUUCCUCUUUAA